CGGCAUUAGACCAGCACCCCAAUUCCUCACAGUCGGUGCUCUCACCGACGGGUUUUUCAAGAUGGCACCCGCCUACAAAUUUGCGCUGAUUCAGAUGCAACCCAAGCCAGUCGACCCGGCAGCAAACUUCAAAAAAGCAGAAUCAGAGAUACGCAAAGCCGCCGAAAAUGGCUGUCACGUCGCCGUGCUCCCAGAGUACCAUCUCACCUCCUGGGUACCGGACCACCCAGACUUCAUCGCCUCCUGCGCAGAAUCAGAGACCUACCUGCCUCGGUACCAGGCCCUCGCCCGCGAGCUGAACAUAAGCAUAGUCCCGGGCACGAUCUGCACCUCAGACGCGCCGCCGCCGCCGCCGCCGCAGCCGCAGCCAACAGCCAGGGACGGCGGCAAGGGGCUGCGCAACAUGGCGUACUUCAUCUCGGCGGGGACGGGCGAGCUGGCGGGCAGCUACCAGAAGAAGAACCUGUGGCACCCUGAGCGGCCGCACCUGAAGCCCGGGCGCCACGAGCCCCACGCCGCCUUCGACACGCCGCUGCGCAACGCCGACGGGUCCCCCGUGCGCGCGGGCCUGCUCGUGUGCUGGGACCUGGCCUUCCCGGAGGCCUUCCGCGCGCUCAUCGCCGACGGCGCGCAGGUCGUCAUCGUCCCUUCGUUCUGGCUGAUCACGGACGUCGACGAGGCCGGGCUCGCGCUCAACCCGGACAGCGAGAAGGUCUUUCUUGACUCGGCUGUCGUGUGCCGCGCGUUUGAGAACACGGCCGCUGUGGUCUUUUGUAACAAGGGCGGGUGCAGCCAGGUCGCGCUGCCGAUUGUGGGCAAGGUCAAGAAUGAGGGUGGUAAGGAGCUUGGCCUGGACGAGGAUGGCACCGUCUACGCUGAGGUGGACUUGGAUGUCUUGAGGAUCGCAGAAGAGAACUACAAGGUGAGGGAGGAUAUAAAGGGCAAGGGCUGGCACUAUGGAUAUGAGCUGGUCAAGGAUUAGGCAUGAAGCAGUGCGUCCAGAUGUCACGACCCGGGAGGCUGAGGCCAUCUGCCCACGGACGUAUAGUAUGCUCUUUGCACUUUUAUUGGCAUUGUGGUCUUUUUUAAACAAAAAGCGCUGUGUCUUGGGCGUUUACCACUGUACCAAGACGCCACUUGCAGUCUGUACGUAUGGGGAUCGGAAACGAAACCACCUAAGCAUGGCGCAAGCCAUGAUUUUCCGGUCUGAGAAUGUGAUUGAUUUCUAUCA